CACCACUACGAACGACACAUGUCGAGCGUGCUUUAUGCACACAUUAUGUGCUCAGCCGACCUUCCAUCCAUGGAUGGGUUUGCGCGCGAUGUUGCCAGUGCCCCUCAUCGCGACGACGUGAUGUACCUGUCGCGCAGAGUGCCCCGCGACGGUGACGUAGCUGGGCGCCUUUGCUUACCUGGUAGGACCGCCGACCACACCCUUCCUGCAAGAAUCUUAUCACAACGUACCGAGCUAGAGCGAAAGAGUCCCAUUACACAUCAGCUUCUGUAGCUUGCAAGUGGGGUGGGAUUAUGCGCUACGAUCUGACCGAGACCUUGUUUCAUGCUGACGAGGCAAUGUCAUGUGUGAGGAGGUUCACUUGUAGCGUUGAUGCCUCGGACCUUUAAAGCGAGCCGCUGCCUGACAGUCCCCACGUCUCUCCUUCAUCAUCAUCAACAACAUCUCAUACAACCAACCCAUCACAUUUGCCAACGCCUUUUCAGUAAGACAACAACAGUCAAUAUGCCUUCCUACAUUGUCACCUGCAAGGAGGAUGCCAGCCCCGAGCAAGUCGAGGAGGUCAAGAAGCACACCAAGGACCAGGGCGGCAAGAUUGGCCACGAGUACAGCAUCAUCAAGGGCUUCUCGGUCACCUUUGACAACGACGCCGUGACCACCCUUGAGAGCCACCCACACGUCAAGAAUGUCGAGGCCGACGGUGUCAUGAAGACUCAAUAAGCGUGGCAUCCGCAGAGGACAUGGCUGCGCGACGACGUCUGCAGCAAAGGGAUGGGAUAGACAUGCUCCUACCUCUAGUUGAAUCUAGCCAGCACAAUCUAUGUCUCUACCUAUAAGACUUGCCGUCG